AUAAGAUAAGACUUUCAUAAUUAUAAAAUAAACAGAAAUCAAACAUUUAGCAGACCAAACAUGACUUAAACAGACCAGAUCAAAUCAAACCAACAAAAUUCAAUCUAUGUAAAACAUCCUUAAAAAAAAUUCCCCAAAAACUAUGUUUGAAAGUUGUGGGCACAUUUAAUCAAUUCAUAACUACGGAGUAUGUCGUAUUUGUUGUGCACGGCGGCAUUAUGAAUUAUGAAAUUAAAUUAUUGUUAAGCAAUGCCCAAUUCAUUUUCUAUGGAAUUUGAAAAUAGGUUUCUCAAAGACUGUUUAGUCGGAGGUGAGAGGCGAACUAUGGCGUGGCACCUCCAGCUUGUUGGGCAGCUGUGGUCUGCCUACCUCCAAACAGGUAGCGGAUUUCAUGCCUUGUUCUAGGUAAGGGAGGUUCUUGGUAGGGGUAUGGUCCAACUGGAAUGUUCUUCUUUUUUGUUGUAUUUAUUCUGUGUUUUGACGGUUAUUUCCCGGGCUAUGACGGUCCACGUUGUUUUGUCACUCUCAAUGUGGGUAGUUGUUUUGAUUUCCUGAUCAUCUUCGUCUGAUCAGAGGUUUCUAGUUGCUUUCUUUUGGGUUGCGUAGAUAAUGAUAAAGCUCGUCCUCUUUCAGAAUCAUCUCUGUGCUAUGAAGAGUUUUGUGUAAAUGAUUUAGGAAGAACUAUCAAAUAAGCCCUCGAACUUUCAUAAAAAGUGCAAAUAAGCUUUUUUAUAGGAGGCUCUGUCCGGCCAUCGCCAUUUAGGACGGUUUUCGGUGGAUUUUUUUAAUGAAAUUUUUUGAUUAUCUUCUUCAUUAAAUCUAGUUUUUUCAUACCAAAUUUUAGCUAAAAAUUAAAUCGGUAAGGCACUCAAAUGAAUUUUUGAAUAUAAUUGCGCAAUUAGACAGCGCAAUAUAUUUCAGAAAAUUAUUUGGCUACCUUCUCGAUUGAAUUUUUAGCUGAAAUUUGGUAUGGGUAAACUAAACUUAAUGAAGAAGAUGCUCAAAAAAAUUUAUCAAAAAAUUCCACCGAAAACCGCCCGAAAUGACGACAGCCGGACAAAGCCUCCUGUAAAGGAGCUUAUUUGCACUUUUUUUGAAAGUUCGAGAGCUUAUUUGAUAGUUCUCCCAAUAAUUUAUUUCAAUGUUAGUUUCCAUUAGUAGUACUUAUUUUUAUAUUACUUAGAAUAUGUUUGGUUUGUAUUUAAGUAUAUUUGGAUUUCUAUAUAUAGUACUUUUAUAAUGUUUGAGUUCGAUUGUCUGAGACUUAAAUUUGCUCGUGUUGUGUCUUUUGAUUCAGAUAAUUUUAUAUGAAGUGGCUGCUAAUUGUAUAUUUAUUCCUAAGGCAUAAGAUCUUUUCUGAUACUAUUUGGUUUCACUUUCAAAACUUUAUUUUGCAUGCUUGUUCGGUUGAAUUAGUACGGUUCAGUAUUUUGCAACCGAUAUUAUAUUACUGCGUACGAUUUUGAAUGAAUCGACUCAUAAUUCAACCGGUCUUUAACUGUUAUGUGGAAUAGUAGGUUUAAAAAACAUACGGAGUAUAAAACAAUUGUUAAAAUUCCAAAGAUUGAAAUAAUAUCCGUGAAAAAUUAACAAUGUCAAAAUCUGUUUUUUUUUUUGCAUGUUUAGAAUUAUUUGUGUUCUCUACAUUUUUUUAACUUUUAAAAUUUAAUUUGAUGUUCUUUAACUUUUCACGUUACUUUUUUUGCUUUUAAUAUUUAACGUUUUAUAAGAUUUAUUGAUUGUUUUUAUAAGAUUAAUAAAAAAUUGUGUUUUUCAGAAUUUUUUGAACUUUUAUAAGAUUUAUCAAUUUUUAAUAUAAUUUUUCAAAAAUAAUUUGUCAUAGCCAGUCAAACUGGACAAUAAUAAAAUAGACCAGACCUUUAUCUAACACGAUUAUAUAUAAACGGAUCAGGCACAACCAUAUUUUAAACAAAUCAUCAGAGUGUAGCACAAGUGUUCAAUCCAAAUAAAACAUGACCAUUAUUCUCUCUUCUCUAAUCUAUCCUCUUAUAUUACUCGGUAUCUCAUAUUUUAGAUUUUGUUAAUCCAUACUUCGUAUUACAUUCUCACUUUCAGUCGAACAAUUAUAUAUUGUGAACUAUUGUCUUCACAUUAUCUUUUUGGAACACUACAGUCUUUUUUUCUCAUUUCCCUUCUUGAAAAGGUUCUGUAUAGCUAUCAUUCAUUUAUCUUUUUCUUACUCCAUGACAAUGAUACACUUUUUCUUUAGUCCCAUUUUUUUAAACUUUGAUCAAUCAAAGUCAAACUGGGAAGUAUUUUGUGGAACGGAGCGGAGUAUUAUUUAUCUAAAAGUCGCACUAGUGAUGCAUUUAAUAGGAUGGACAAAGAUAUAAGAUCGACAAAAAUUAAUUAAAGGAUGGAAGAGUAGUACUACCUCCGGUCUGAUGGACUUUGCCAAGUGCAAAAUAUGUGAGAAAUAAGAAUAAUAAAAACUAUGUGGUUGAGAUUUGUGCAGAUGAGAGAGAAAUGUGCAGAACCAGUUGCUUUAAUAGGAAAGUGGAAAAUUUUUUUGGGACAACAAAAAAAUGUAAGUUGCCAAAGUCCAAUGGGACGGAGGGAGUAUAUUACGUUGAUUGUCCGAAAAAACUUUGUCACUUUCCUAUCAAAACAACUAAUUUGUGGUCAUACUUAUUUCUUUUUUCUCUGCACAAACCUCCGUCACACAAUUUUUACUUUUCUUAUUUCUCACCAAAUUUUAACUUGCCAAAAUACAUCGGCAGAAAGGGAGCUGCGAUUAGGGAAAGAUCUUGUAGAAGGAAUGGGCGAGAACAAUUGUCGUUGAGGAAGAGAAAACAUGCUGAGGCAGAUUCGUCUCAGCUUUACGUGGCAAGGGACAGGGCCAUGCACCCUGAUUGGCGGAGAGCACAUGGUUAUCCAAAAGAGCAGAGGAGGCAAGACACAAUACGUUAUACGUACCUUGGCGUCAAUUCACAAUUUUUUGGGAAGAUAAACACAGUUAUCUGUGUAUGCUAUUGGUGACUAGUGACUACCUAUCACAGUUGAAGUAUAAGUGGGUGUGGCUUUAUGAGGUGGAAGAUUGGGACCAAUAUCGCAUUUUUUAAAAACAAAACUUGUUUUCUUUAAUUGUCUACUUUUAGCCAUUUUUUUGUAAAUUGUACAGCAAUCGGAAUAAAUAAGGUGGAGUGUUUUAUCA